AUGGGCGGUGACUCCGACACCGACGAGGUGGAGGAGGAGAAGGAGAUGGGCAGCAACUUUGACAUGACCGACGACGAUGAGGAGGAGGAGGAGGAUGAGGAGAUGUGUGACUCCAACAUGACCGAUGAGGAGGAGGAGGAGGAAGAUGAGGAGAUGGCCAGUGUCGGUGGCUACUAUGAUGAUGACACUAUUGAAUUACGUGAGCUGGAUAGGGAAAGAGAUAAGAUGAAAGGAAAGUCUGAGGAGAGGUUUCGGAGGAAAAAGUUAGCAAGAGUUCAGGUAGAUUUGACAAGCUAUAAUGAGAAGACGGAAGAGGAACAGGUGUAUCGUGUCAUGGCUCAGUCUAGGGAGGAGGAAGAGGUCAGGAGGAGGGCAGCUUUGGGUGUUGCAGGAACUUGUGGAAGUGGUGCUGAAGUCACGGUGUGUGGUUUGUUGUUUGAUGGAGAUGGUGCAGCCGAAUGGGAGGACGAUGCAGCUGUAGUGCCUGUUUUCCAAGAGUUAGUGCGACUUGUAGAAAAGUUAGCUCGUGUCCUCGUUUGA